CUUUACACGUAUAACGCACCCAAACAAACCAGAAAUGAGCCAGAGCCUGACCCAGACCCGGAACCCGGAGCAGACCCAUUCCCGCCCGUCUUGCCAGUUGCGGUUGUAGAGUUGCAGUUUGAGUUGGUGAUGGGUGUGGGACUGGGCACCGCCAAACUUCCCCAUCGUCUGAAUCCCAUCCGUACGUUCGUGGACGCGAAGGUGAAGUGGGUCCGAGACCCUUACCUAGACUUCGCCGUCGAACGAGAGAAAAAUCUCCAUCAAGCCCUCUCCUUCAAGAACCAAAUCCUGUUUCAGUCUGAGUCUAAUCCCUCCAAAUCCAAAUCCCUCUCUCUCUCCCUCGCUUCUCUUCUCAAACCCAGCCUCAACCUCUCCACCUCGUCCUCCAAAUUCUUCCUCCGAUACCCUUCCUUCUUCUCCAUAUUCCACCCAGCUUCUGCUCUCCCUCCACGUGUCAAGCUCACACCCGCACUUCUCUCCCUCCACUAUCAAGAAUCCGCCAUUCACACCUCUCUUCCCCAUCGUUCCGACGCCGUCAACCGCCUCUCCAGGCUCUUGAUGCUCACUGGAGCCACUAGAUUGCCCUUGUACCUCAUCGACAGGCUCAAAUGGGAUCUGGGUCUUCCUCAUAAUUUUGUGGGUUCGCUUCUUGCUGAUUAUCCAGACUACUUUCAGGUUUGUGAGGUGGAAGAUGUGUCUACUGGCAGAAAGGAGCUUGCUUUGGAGCUCCUUUCUUGGAGGGAAGAGCUUGCUGUGUCUGAAUUGGAGAAGAGGACCAAUCAAUCGAAGCGCAUUGCAUUUCCGAUGUGUUUGCCAAAAGGGUUCGAGUUGGAGAAGAAGGUUAAGGAUUGGGUCGAGGAGUGGCAGCGAUUGCCGUACAUUUCGCCAUACGAAAAUGGUUUCCAUCUUUCGCCCAAUAGCGACCAGGCAGAGAAGUGGACGGUGGGCGUUCUUCAUGAAUUGCUUUGGCUUCUGGUGUCGAAGAAGACGCAAAGAGACAACUUAUUCUGCUUAGGAGAGUAUUUGGGUUUUGGGUCCGGGUUUAAGAAGGCCCUGAAGCAUCAUCCGGGGAUUUUUUACGUUUCCAAUAAGAUUAGGACGCAGACUGUGGUGCUGAGGGAGGCUUAUAGAAAGGAUUUCUUGGUUGUGAAGCAUCCUUUGAUGGCCAUGCGGUAUAGGUACAUUCAUCUUUUGAAUAAGAUGCCCAAAACCAACAGGCGUAAAUCCCUUGUUGUUGAAUAAAUAGAGGAAGGCAUACGACGAUGAAUUUGAUCACACACAGAUAAUGCUUGAUAAGGCUGUUCAACUAUGGUAUUGGGAUUCGUUUGCUGGAGUCUGCUGGAAACAGCCCAGCAACAAAAGGAAGGAUAAAUCCAAAGGACAACCCCAUUCCAUUCCAAUGCUCAGACAUAAAGCUGGUUACGCAGAAACUGGAGGAGAUGAAGAUACAGUAUGUCACGGCAGUGGUGGAAGAAGGUGGCAUUCAAGUUGAUCAACUUUUCUUUCAUGACCCAGACGGCUACAUGGUUGAGAUUUGCAAUUGUCAAAUCUCCCUGUUAUUCCAAUUUCCUCCUGCCAUCGAAACCCAAAGCCAAACCAAAUCCAGAAGAUUCGAAUGCAAUGCUCAGGCGAAGCUGCUGCUGCAGCACUGAUGAUGGACAACUUAGUGGCAGAAAUGAUGAAUAUUUCAAUUUGAAAGACUGUCCAAGUUGCUUCUUCUGGCAAAUGAUUUCGUGAUAUUGUUUGUAGAUAAAGGGUGGUGAAAAAAAGGGUGAGAGCUUUGGCCCUUGAGAUGAAAAAAAGUCAGAUAUUGCUUUCGAUGUUCUAAGUUUCAUCCUUUGUUUUUGUAAUGAUUUUGACCUUCUUUAGCGUAUUGUUACUGUUCCAGAUGAGUUGAUCUACCUCCAAGAAACUGAUGAUAUUGCAUGAUACUGGCAUCUUUCUCAUUUUUCA